AUGCUCAAGGCCCUUUGCAAGCAGGCUAACAGUACCCAAAACUUCUGUAAACGCGAUGAGAGGUCCCAGGGAUCAGUUUCUAGACGUCACUUGCUGGCGACUCUUGGCAGCGUCUGCGUGGGCCUCUCGUCGAGCGCACCGUCGCGUGCUGCUGGAGCCGAUGGCGUCCCAGCACCCAUCGGACCGCCGGAGGGCGUGGCUACUCUUAUCGGCACAGGAGACGUGGAGGUACUGACGUCCCAAGAGAAACUGGUCCUCAGUCUGAACCGCCGUAUCCAGACUCAGAACCGGGUGCCUGGAGAAUUCCCGGGUUUUAUUCGCGAGGGUUUCGAUGUCAAGGUUGUCGGUGAUGGGUACACUGUGGCUCCAUCCGGCUUGAUUUACAAGGACUUUGAGGAGGGUCAGGGAACCCUUCCGACUGACGGCCAGGAAGUAGUCUUCAACUAUACGGGUUACAACGAGUCGGGCAGCGUGAUCGAUACAUCGUUCCGUCAAGGACGCCCAGCACAGACACGCCUCGGUGUAGGAGGCAUGAUCCCAGGCUUCGAGGAGGGAAUUAAAACCAUGAAGGCGGGCGGUAAGCGCAGAAUCAUCGUGCCGCCUGCGUUGGGGCCACCAGUUGGCCCAUCAACUUUCUUCAGCGCCAAGCAGUGCGAGGUAUUCGAUGUUGAGCUGAUCGCCGUGCGGACCUGCACUCGGCGACAGGUCAUGAUGUUCUCGGAUCUGGUUUGCGAGUGACAAGCCUAUGCAUUUAGUCCGCUGGUCCAAGCUGCCAUCCCACCACUGGUCCCGUCCUCCGGGGAGCUGUGGACCCCAAUUUCCCACAGCUCCUCAGUGCUGUGAUUUCUGUAACCGUCAGGUCCCACAGGCCAUCAUCACGACAUUGCCAAGUAUGUAGGCACACUUCGCCACAUCCCCGCGGUUGGCCGCUAGAGGUGAAUAAUCAGCGCACUAUGUAAAAACCCACAAUAUGACUGAACGUUUCUAGCAUCCAGCCCAGUCAAAAGUCUUAGGUCAAAAGUCCAUUUCGUCUGUAAAGCCAACAGAGUCAGUUGUUCACACGUCAACAACUUCCACAAUGCAUACAUAUGCUAAUUACUAGUUUAAGCAGUCGCCAAUGUAAACAUCCGUAAAGCGUCCGGUCUCCCUGUCAACAAAUAGUUCAUUCCGCUGCCGCAGCCUCCUCCCCGGUCGAGGUAUUGGUCUUGCCCUUAGCCUUCAUGUAGCUUUCCAACUCCUUGUCCAAGUAGCUCUUGCCGUGCUCCGGGUCUUUAAGCAUAUAGCUCUCCAGCUCUGCAUCGAGCUCUGCCUGGGUCUUGGGCUUCCCUCCAUCGCGACCUCCUCGGCCGCCUCGGCCUCCGCGACCACCGCGGCGACCGGGUGAACUACCGCCACGCCCGCGCGGAGCUGGGCCGCGACCGCCUCUCCCGCCCGGCUGCUGGCCGCCCUUCUGGACCCCACCACGCGGGCCAGUCGCAGGGCGCGCACCCCGGCCGCCGCGUUGAGCAACUCUUGAAUUGUUAUUUUGGGGGCCACGACCGGCACCGCGGUUGACAAUGCGCCCUCCACGCCUGCCGCCGUUAGCCAUAGGGUCUCAGAUCCCUAACACGUUGAAAAAUACGUCUCUCAAGCGUCUUGAAUGCAAGGUAGGGCUGAUGAUAUCGGUUACGGUAAUAU